AUGCCUCAACCCAUACUUAUAUCACUAGACUCCCUCACUCCAACCACCACUGGAGCCACCUGGACUCUCACGUCUUUGGAGUCCCCGACGGGGCUCUCAAGCGACAUGGCCGACACGUUCAUCCUCGUGCCACAUGAGAAGUUCCUCCGGAGCUUCUUGCACGUUGGUGCAGAAGAAUUCCGACUUGAGCCGUUACCGGUGGAAAAUCCUUUCUUCGACCUCAAGGACGCAAACGCCGCCGAGGAACGACCAGUGGUUAAGGCAUUCACUUCUGCGAUAAACCUGUGUGGACUCACUCCGGGCCUGAAGAUGCAGACAAGUGUCGAAGCGGGGCCCGGAAAGACUUGCCGACCCGAAGGUGAGGACGACGCGGACCAGCAAGCGAACAUCAAAUUUUUAGAGGACAGAAGAUCCGAGAAGAUCGAAGGCGCUCUCUACUACACCGUCAACGCUCCGACAGACCAUCUGCCCCACUUGGCAGACCAGGUCGUACCCAUCGAGUUCAAGCAGGGCAAAUCGUACUUGGACCCGUUCGACGACAGGGACGAGAACGGCACUGCGCGCUCUCGCAAGAAGGUCCGCGAACAGCUCGCGCACCACACCGAGACGGUGCUCGUUGAGCAGCACCGCACCUUCCUGUUCUUCAUCUUUGUCCUCGGCUGGCAAAUUCGCUUCACCCGUUGGGACCAGUCGGGCGUCAUUGUCACCCCCUUGGUCGACUACUACGACGCCUGGGAGACGACAUGCGACUUCCUCCGGCGUAUCGCAUUCCUUGCCUGUCACAAUCCCAGCGGCGAGGACGUCGGAUAUGACAACACAGCCGUCCGCAUCGAACCCGGGAGCCCUCGAUGGACCCUCAUGACCAACGUCUCCGAGAAGCGGCCGACCGACGUGGAUCACGAAGAGCGCGAUCUCAGGGAUGACGAGCUCACCGACUCGGAGGACUUCACCUUCGCCUACAUCCGGACGCGGUUCCGCAACUCCAUCCAGACCGGACCACGGUACGCGCUUCAGGUCCCCGACGAAAGCGGCAUGCACACGCUCCUCGUCGGCCGCCCCGAGUUCACCGCUGGUGGGGUCGUCGGGCGUUUCACGCGUGGUUACAUCGGGUACGACGAGAAGACGGGUCAGUUCUACUGGCUCAAGGAUACGUGGCGCGCGGACUACAAGAGGCUCGCAAAAGAAGGCGACACUCUGAAGCGGCUUCAAGAGGCUGGCGUUAAGAACAUCCCGACGCUUGUCUGCCACGGCGAUAUUGACAAGCAGGUCACGCGGACCCACGAUUUCUGGUCGGCGCAGCAAGCGCAGCGCAUGGAUGUCCUCUUCGACGCCCCUCCACCAGCUAACGACGCCUCUCCCUUACGCGGCCAUCACGCCAGCGGCCUUUGCUCCCCGCUGCUUCGGAAGUCUGCGGACAGCACGGCCUGCAAGCGGAAGCUCCACGAGUUCAAGGCGUCUCAAGGCGUCGCUCACAACGAUGGUGAUGACGCAAUGGACCCCGACUUUGAUAGUGCCUGCCCUCUGCGGCGCCACAGACACUAUCGCCUUUGCGUCAAAGAGAUCGGGCGUCCCCUUGAGUCGUUCACCAGUCCGCGUCAGUUCGUGAGGAUUAUGCACGACGCGGGAUCAGCGCAUGGCACCGCCUUUGAGCUUGCAAAUACUUUGCACCGAGACAUUAGUGGUGGUAACAUCAUCAUCUACCCUCGUGUGGUGGUUGACAAGAUAUCGAUGACGCGGUUGCUUUUAUGGAUUGGCCUUCUGAUCGAUUGGGAGCUCGCGAAGAGGACGGACGCACUCAAGAUAUGGACCCAACCAGGGCGAACGGCGAGUAGCGGUAUUCACCAUUCCACCCGCCUCUCGCAAUUCAUGUCGAUCGCGAUGUUGCUCGAAAGCGGCAAGGCGUCUGAACUCUCGGACGAUCUGGAGGCGCUCUUCUACGUCACCCUCUACUACUUGGUUCGCUAUGUGCCGUCGAACAUCAGGACCUCGGAAGACGUCUUCCGCUGGCUGGAAGACUUUUUCGAGUGCUACGCCGUCAAGGGGGGCACGUAUACCUGCGGUUUAGCGAAGAAGAAUGCCUCGUAUAAGUUGGGCGGAGAGCUCGCCAUCGACGACGACACCUCGCUGCGCUUCAAAUCUCCCCUUGAUAAACUAAUCAAGAUUCUGCACACCUCACUCAAGAACUUCUACCAGCUCAGGCGGUGGGAAAAACAACAGCACCUGCUGAAGACCGUCGAUACAUCGCUCGAAUCGGCUCUUGCGGUGAAGCGCCUCGGCCCUCCCAGCCCAUCUUCCUCUCCAGUCUCCGCAGCCGCCUCUCGUGAGGCUCACUACACCGUCCACACAUAUAAGGCCACUACUACCGCCUCAGACGACGACGUCGUCGACGUCGACGUUGACGUCCAGGGCGACUUCAUCCCGGAACCCGGCAAGAAGGAGCGCAGGUUCGCCUCCGUGUUCCAGGACCACUCGAUGUUCCUGAAGGUGUUCGAGACCUGCAUGGAGACGAGGGGCUCGCUGUGGACGAAGCGGAACAAACCUGCGGCCGAUCGCCUGCUCGAGGACUUCUAUUCGACGAGGCUGCUCGGUCCGAAGCCGCGGCGCCACGCGACGGCGCACGGCUUCGAGGACGGCAAGCCCCCGAAGCGUCGGAUGACUGACGGCGAUAUCCAGUGA